AAUCAAUUAAUUGCUUCCAUUUCAAUGGAAAAGCUUGCUGAGCUGAAGAGCAAGUUCUUGAAGUUUCUGCCACGACAACCAGUGGCUUCAAUUCAGAAACCAAAUCUGAGUCCCAGCCGGAGUGUCGCCGGAAACCGGAGCCCAAGCCGCAACGUCUCCAUAGUUCCAAAAGAAGCUCGAAGAAAGCUCAGAAGCUCGAGCUUCAGUGCACGAGAGCCGUCAUCGCCCAAGGUCUCGUGCAUGGGUGAGGUUGAGCAGCUCGUGAAGAAGAAGAAGAAGAAGAGAAAGGCUCGAAAGCAUCAGAGUACUGAAAAAGCUGUUAAGAAGGAGAAGACGUUGCUUUGGAUUUUCAAGGGAAGUGGUGAUCACCAGUGUGAGACCAGUGAAAGGAAAAGUGGGAAAGCUCUUGAUUUGGAGUUGGCAGAGAAAGACAAGGCCCAGAACGUCCCUUCGCUGGGUACGAUGAAGAAAUUUGCGAGCGGUAGAGGAGCCUUAUCUGAUUUUGACAUUAAACUUUCACAACUGUCAGCCGGGUGACUUUGAUUUCUUCUUGCAGGCACAUGUGUGUCCUGUAAUUAACGUUCAUGUUGAAUCACUUUUGGAUUCAAUAACUCUUCGGAUAUUGUAGGAUGCGUGGUUUAAUUUUCUUCACAGAAAUAUGUACAGAUUAUGGAUAAGAGUAUAUUAUAUCUUUAAUAUAAAAGUUAG